AUGACUGCUCUGCAACAUCCACAGAAGGCCCGGAAUUUGUUGCUCACCGUGCGAUCCAACCAGGCACAGGUUACUGGAGCAGUGCUGGUGGCCUUGCGGACGAUGAACAAGGAGCUCUGGUACAGCACACCUCAGAUGCAGCUCGUGAGUGCCAGGAGCAACCCCCCAAAAUGCAUGACCCUCCAAGACGGCAGCACAGAAGGAAAGGCCAGCAAAGUGGUCAGUGUGCGCAUCCAAUGGGAGUACCCUGCGUUGUCAUACGAAAUCUACACCAGCCCCGAUGGGAAAUCCUACAUCCAACAGGCUGUGAACCCUGCAAACCCCGCUGCUGACACCCUCGAUGAGCUGCAUGCAGCUGUUGCCCAGUUCAUUCAAAUUCGUAUGCUCAAGCCACACCCGCGCCUAGGAAAGGCUGACGACAGUUUUGUCUACGGCAUCUACGAAGUCCACGUCUACGCGAACCGUCUCGGGAUCAUGCCUCAGUGCAGUCCUGCACCACUCCGAGUGUACUGUGAUAUGACCACUGGCAGCUCAAUCUAUGUUUGGAACGGCACCCCAGUCCGAAAGCCGGGUGCUACUUUGGAUGACGUUGUAUCGCUUGACGAUGUUAGAAACAGCUGCGCCCGAGUUGGCCUAGAACCGAUGGUUCCGAAAAGUCCCCAGCAUUUCAAGAGCAUUUUAACCGCGCUCUAUCAGAUGGACGACACCAAGCUGCCCGUAUAUGGAUCCGACGGCGUGUACUCAGCAACGAGCUCUAUAUGCCGAGCAGCCAUUCACGCCGGCCUCAUCAAGACUGGAGGAGUUGUGAACGUGUCCAUUGAAUCUCCCCGCGCGUCUUACGAGGGUUCGGUCCAGAACGGCAUCGUGUCGUCAGCCCUCGAAGCAUCGCCGGGCUCACGGGCUAUAGCGAGCAUUCGUCUCGGUACCAUAUUUAAGGCGAAGGAGGAGGCUGGGAUGGCGAUUGGAGCCUCCCGAAAACAGCUGAAGCCUGCAGAAAAGCUCCAUCGUGCCCAGACCGCUCAGGUGCUCGAAAUGUUCGUUGGCACGGAGAGUCUUGCUGCUCGCUGGCUUACAGAAGCGGGAAACAUGUUCCAGAUGCUGGAUCAGCUCAACCAGAAGUUACAGAUCGUGGAACAACAACAUUUGGAACAGACAGGAUUCGAAUCCUUCAAACUUUAUCCGCAGUCGAUGGCGUUCAAGGAUUACUUCGAGACGUUCGACAGCGUGCGGGCGAAGCACGGACCCAGCAAUUGGGGCUACGCCACUGCGCCGAUCCAGGGGAGAAAAGCAUCCAUCGGGCAGUCCAGAAACAUCGUCGGUACCUCCGAGACAGAAGGGACGUAUGCAAUGCUGCGUGGUCGCCGUUUUUAUGACGCAGAUAUCCAAAUCUCUUUCUAUGCAGCCGGAUCCGGUAGCGUGGGGAUUGCCUUUAAAAUGAGGGAUCUCAACAACAUGUACCUGCUCUGGAUGAACCAGCAACAGGCAGUGAAACGGUUGUUCCGCAUUGAGAAUGGGCAACCUACCGUCCUUGCCGAACGUAAAGAUGGCGGCUAUAUCCAAGGCAAAUGGUUCAACGUGCGAAUCGAAACGAACAAGGGAGUCAUCAGCGUUUGUAUCGGAGAAGAGGGAUCAACGGAAGUCGAGGUAUUUAGCGUUCUCGACGAGCGUUUUAUGGUUGGUUCUGUUGGUUUUUUUUCGUCCGGGAUGGAGGCCGGUGUCUUCUUCGAGGGCCUGAAGAUCGAGGCCAAAGAGUGUGGGACCCCAUCCAAGGCAACUGCGCCAGCACCACCAAGGUGCUCCACGUUUACAGAUACCUUCUACGGGAACCCCAAUUCAAUAUACCGUAAAAUCGACGCCUCCGACGCCACCGGAGCAGAAGGCUCGUGGGUUUACAAGGUAGUUGAGGACGAGUACGUCAGUUCUAGGAACCAAAACAUAGCUUCCACCUCUUCAGGCGAACAUUGGUGGCAGAAACAAAGUGUUGGCCCAGGCAAGAACGGUUACUUCGUGUUCGAGUUCUUUCCCCAGUGCACUGGAGGCAUAGUGGGAGGCAUCUUCCGUUUCAACUCUCCACAGGAAUACCAAGUUGCAGAGCUGGCACCAAAUGAGCUAAGGAUCCGGGCCAUUUCUAACGGACAGCCCAAAACAGUUGCCCGCACGCCAGCGUCGAUGGGUUUGAACAAGUGGCACCGGAUGGAGAUAAACUUUGAGGGGUCGACGGUGUCCGUGCGACUGGAAGGCCCUGGCGGCAGUGUUACACAUCUCUCAGCCGAGGAUUUCUUUGGCGGCCAGACACGUGACGGCAUGGUCGGCUUCUCCGCAUACAACUGCGGAGGGGUUGCCUUUGACUCCAUCCAGCUCUCACCGUACAAAUUGGAGUCGAUCGCCCCGACCGAGAGCGUUUUCACGUCUAUUUCGGCGACGAAGGCAUGGCAGCCAUGCCUUGCUAGCGUCCAUAUUCUCCACCGGCGGGAUGAAUGCCAGCGAAUGUUUGAAAGGGAACCCACAUUUCGCCAAAUUGCCUGCGCGCAAGAUUUUUGCUCCGAGUGCUGCAACUACAACACUAGUCUGCUCCCGAGAUCAGAAUGGGAACAGUGCGAAAAGAACUGCCGUCGAAACGAUCCGUUGGCUUCACAUCUCGAAAAGGGGCUGGUAACGAGGCUGGGCACUUGCCUAACGAACCUAGGUGACGCAGCUUCUCACUGCGAAAAGGGAAUUCUGGCCUGCCAAAAGGAAGCGUGCGAACUGUGCUGCAUGAGCUGGUCUCGAACUGGAGGUCUCGAUCACAUUGGCGCCGACCUUCAGAGGGACGUGACUGAGCGAGAACAGAAGGAGUGCAAAUUCCAGUGUGCGAGACACUUGGUUUCACACGAAAACCAGGAACUCUAUAUGCACGUCGUCGAUAUUAUCGUGUUGGGGAACCGAGAGUGGCAUGGUGUGCUCGUAAACGUACGAGCGCAGCAUGUCUGUAUCCCACAGUGGGGCUUGGGCAUGUCGUUGUUCUUUUACUUAUUCCGGAAUGUUCCAGCCUUUUACCGAAGGCUCGAGCUCUCUCAACCCUAA